UUAGUAUUGUUAAAGUUCAAAUCUUCUACUCGCGCCAUUUCCUUAAAAUCAGAUUUCACUUGUUUGUUUAACACAGUGCCAGAAAAAGCUUUGUAACGAUCUUUAAUGGCGAAUCCAACAGAAGUUAUCGAUGCUCAAGCUGUUUCCUCUUCUACAGAAUCUGACUCUCAACUCUCUUCUCUUCUUUACGAUAUGUCGCAGCAGGUCCAGAUGUCAAUGGCUAACAUGCUUAAGAUGAUAGCUGAAAUUGAUCAAAGCUCUGCUGGAAUUACGGAAGAAAUCGGAAAAUGUAAAGAUUCUGCAUUCGAGAAGAAGAAGGAUUUGGAGGAAGAGAAGGAAAAGUUUCAGAAAGCUGCUUAUGCUGUAUUAGAUAUGCUUAAUAACAGAUGCUAAGAGAAACUGGUUGGGCGGACUGUAAAGAGUUUAUUAUCUUCACGAGGUGGUCUGUCUUGUGUUGAUUACCUUCACGAGGUGGUCUGUCUUUAUGUUGAUUACUUAAAGCUACCAGUAUAUGUGAGACUUGAGAUACUAUAUCUUGUGCAUUUUCUUCCUCCACAAUCGAUUGCAGUGAUGCUUAAAGCACGUUUCUUAUACUUUAUAAGACGGUUUCCAUGUUAAGCAUAUUAUAAUGACAAUGGUUGUAAUGUUCUCAAAGUCAAAGCUGUAUACGAAAUUGUUGGUUCGAUGGUAACUUUAGCAGAAAAUAAAAUCUCUUUGACGAA